AACAGCGGCAUAAUAGACGAAACCAUAUCGGGCAAUUUUUAUUUUUGACGUAUUUUAUGCCGAAAUAUCGAAUAACAAAGAUACAAUCCUGUGCAAAGAUGACUGAAACGACAGAAGGCAACAAUGGCAAAGACAAGCAGACUGAAAGUAAUACACAGCACAAUUAUAACGAAAGAUCUUCGGAGCCUGACAGGCAACAGCAGCAAUCUCUACUACCAAAAGCGAGCAGUAGUACAGCCAGACAAGUUAGGGAAUAUAUCCCAAGAUCUGGGAUGAAAAAGUAUAACCACGCUUUGAGUAAUUUAAUACCAGUGCGAUAUCAAAAUCAGAAAAAAGAGAAUUGGCCAGCUGAUAAUGCUGGAUUAUUUUCAUACGUCUAUAUAACGUGGAUGACACCAUAUUUUUGGAAAGCUUACAAGAAAGGACUUACGAUUAAGGACUUGCCAGAUAUUUCCUUAUAUGAUACCUGCGAGUACAAUGCGCUCAGAUUUGAUAUACUCUGGCAACAGGAGUUAAGUAAAAAUGGUCCCAAUGCAGCCUCUUUUUUCAUGGUUGCAUGGAGAUUUGCUCGCACAAGAAUUUGCAUAUCGUGCUUUUUAUUGAGCUGUUCUCUUAUGUUUGGAUUUAUAAGUCCUACAAUAUUAAUGAGAAAGAUACUGGAGCAUGUAGAAUCUUCGGACGAAGGUUUCUGGGAUGGUUUUAAAUGGGUUCUGCUACUAAUGCUAUGUGAUUCUCUGCGCGCUUUCUUUUUUACCUGGACAUGGAAUAUGAACUACAAAACUGGAUUACGACUAAAGUCAGCUUGCGUGGCUUUGUUGUACAAGAAGAUUAUCAGAUUAAACAGCCUUGGCAAUAGAAGUACAGGAGAAGUAAUCAAUUUAUUUUGUAAUGACAGUCAAAGGCUCUUUGACGUGAUUAUUUAUGGACCAAUGAUUAUCAGCGGACCAAUAGUCCUAAGUUGCAGUAUAUUUUAUAUAUUGUGGCUGUUCAAUCCCAUCGCUCUGAUAGGAAUAGUAGUUUUCCUUUCGUUCUACCCGUGUCAGUACUUUAUUUCCCGCGCGACUGGUUAUUUUCGCUCAAAAUCAGUAAACAUUACGGAUGCUCGAGUGCGACUUAUGAGCGAGAUCUUGGAAUGUAUAAAAUUGAUUAAGAUGUAUUCUUGGGAGAAAUACUUUAGCCAGAAACUUCUCGAUAUACGCAAGAAGGAAGAACGUUGGCUUCACAAGACUGCAUAUUUUCAAAGCCUAAGCAUCUCUCUAACACCCGCUGUACCCGUGAUAUCCGCGAUCAUUACAUUUUUAGCACACGUUGCCUCCGGCAGUGGAUUAACGGCCGCACAGGCUUUCCCAAUGACCACAUUAUUCGGAAAUUUGCUUAGACUGGCACUUACAUCACUUAAGGAUACCACGCGAUAUUAUAUCAACGCCGUCAUAGCUCUUAGAAGAUUCAAGGUAUUUCCCUUUGUAUCGGUGCUCAAUGCUCAAAUUCGUACUUCUUUCAUGUUUUUGCAAGUGGCCUUAGUUAAUAUCGCUGCGGUAAAGAUAACUUUUGGCAGAAUAAAGAGCGUGCUGCUGAUAGACGAGGGCAGUUGCCAGGCGUCGAAACCGAUAGUGAGAUCGCAAGCAGUUGCAAUCGCCAACGGUACUUUCGUUUGCGAUAGCAUGAAGCUUCAAACGGACGCGUCAAUCGAUAGUAAGAAAAAGAACAACAUGUCAUCAUUAAUCACGAAUAAUUCGACGGAACUGGAAAAUCUGAAUCAACCGCAGGAAGCCAAGUACGUCGAGGUUCUCGGUGACAUACAUUUUGGAGCGCCCAAGGGAAAACUGGUCGGUAUCUGCGGCCACGUAGGCAGUGGUAAGUCCAGUCUGCUGCUGGCGGCUCUAGGACAGUUGAGAAUGACAAAAGGACAUAUUCUGCGGGAGGGCACUUGCGCCUAUGUUAGCCAACAGGCGUGGAUCGUAAACGGCACUUUCAAGGAGAACAUCUUGUUUGGCGAGGAGUUCGAUGCCAAGCGUUACUAUCACACGAUCACGAUCUGCAAUCUAAAGGAAGAUCUGAACAUGUUGCCCGGCGGAGAUGACACCGAGAUCGGUGAGAGGGGUGUCAACCUGUCCGGGGGACAAAAGCAGAGAGUCGCGCUCGCGCGAGCGUAUUACGCCAAUCGGGACAUUUAUUUCCUCGAUGAUCCCUUGAGCGCGGUUGAUGCGUACAUCGGCUUGUACAUAUUCGAGAAAUUGAUCAUCGAGGCUCUUAGGAAUAAAUCUGUCCUUUUUGUGACGCAUAACAUUCAGUUUUUGAAGCGUUGCGACGAGAUUUACAUGAUGAACGCCGGCAAGAUCGUAGAACAUGGAACCCACGAAGAUCUCAUGCGACUCGAUAAAGAGUAUGCAUCGAUGGUGAAGAGCGGCACAGUUGCCGCGGAAGAUAAUUUGUCAUCUGGAAAGUUUGCGGGAGUGACGCAGAAAAACAUUAUCGGUAUCGGCGGCUCAGAAUCGGAAAAGACAGAGUCUGGACAUAAAGAAAAUGAUCGGGAAAAGUCAUACAAAGGAACAACUUUAACAGUGGCGGAAAAAACCGAAACCGGAGCUGUUAAGUCGCACACUUAUCAUACGUACAUAGAAGCCACGGGUGGUUAUUUGAUCGCGGUUCUUGUAUUUUUUACGUUCUUCUUGAACGUAGGUAGCUCAGCAUUCAGUACUUGGUGGCUCGCUGUAUGGAUUAAUGCUGGCGGAGGCAACGUAACUGUGCCAGGAAGUAAUGAUACUGUAUAUAUAGAGGAUAUAAACGCCAAUUCUGACUUCUCGUUUUAUCGUAAUAUUUAUGGCGCAUGCAUUGCCAGCAUUCUAUUGACAAGUUUCAUUCGUGGCUUAGCCAUUACAUUUACCACAAUAAAAGCCUCGACUACAUUGCACAACAGGUUUCUGCACAAAAUUAUUGGUUCUCCGUUAAUGUUCUUUGAGACCACUCCAAGCGGCAGGAUACAAAACAUUUUCAGUCGAGAUAUAGACGAAAUUGAUAAUUAUUUACCUAUAUCGAUUGAAAACAUGGUGCAAAAUAUUUUUUCCUGUAAUUUCGCAAUUUUUUUUAUUUGCGGCGUAUUACCUUGGUUUUCGAUAGCGUUAUUUCUAUUUGGCGCAUUAUUCUUCUUUGUUAGUAAAUUGUUCAGAGUAUGCAUGAGGGAUUUGAAGAGAAUGGAGAACAUCUCGCGAUCUCCCGUUUUAAGUUUUGUUACAACAACGAUUCAAGGUUUGAGCACAAUUCACGCGUUUCAGAAGGAGAAAAACUUUUUGUACAGAUUCGAGGAGUUAUUCAACACGAAUAAUCUGUGCCAGCAUCUGUGCCAAGCCGCGAUGAGAUGGUCCGCAGUAAGACUGGACAGUUUAGUGAUUGCCUCAUCCUGCAUAACUGCGUUACUCGUCAUCUCGUUUAAAAAUGAGAUAUCGCCAGCCUUUGCAGGUCUGGCAAUGGCAUAUGCCACACAAAUGACCGGUAUCUUUCAAUAUACGGUCAGACUGAUGUCCGAGACCGAAGUGCGUUUUAUAAGUGUAGAAAGGAUCAGUUAUUAUCUCAAAACUUUGCAGAAGGAAGGUGCAAGUAAGACGGUCGCUCUUAAACCAGCCGACGAUUGGCCCUCUCGUGGCAAAAUAGAAUUUAAAGCUGUCCAGUUGAGAUACAGAGAGGAGCUACCGCUCGUGCUAAUCGACUUGUCUUUUACCAUAAAGGCUGGAGAGAAAAUAGGUAUCGUGGGUCGCACGGGAUCCGGCAAGAGUUCCUUAGUCAUAGCUUUAUUCCGCUUAGUGGAGAUUUGCGAGGGUAUCAUUAAGAUUGAUGGUAUUGAUAUCUCGAAAUUGGAAUUAGAUGUGUUACGAAAUAAAUUAUCUAUCAUCCCUCAGGAUCCAAUUUUAUUCAGUGGAACUAUAAGAUCCAAUUUAGAUCCUUUCCAACAACAUACAGACUGCGACAUUUGGAGUGCUCUUGAGAAGACGCAGAUGAAAGAUCGGGUAUCUCUUAUGCCGGGAAACCUCGAUGCUUCCGUUGGAUUUGGCGGAAAUAAUUUGAGUGUUGGCGAAAGACAGCUUCUUUGUUUAUCAAGAGCUUUAUUACAUAGUGCAAAGGUGCUGAUUCUAGACGAGGCAACAGCCGCCGUCGAUCCGGAAACCGAAGCGACAGUGCAAAAUACUUUGCAGAACGAAUUCGCGGAUUGCACCGUGCUUACGAUCGCACAUCGAUUGCAAACGGUCAUCGCGUGUAAUCGCAUUCUCAUCAUGAGCGACGGCCUCACCAUUGCGAACAUAAUUCCUAUUAUGAUGCUGGGGCGGAAGCAGAGCCUCAAGGGGGAACCCGUCCUGGCUGAUUAUGGUCCGGAGGAGUCCCUCAAUGAGAGCGCUGACAUAGAAUGGGUCAACAAGCUAUGGGUGAGGAGAUUGAUGCGAUUUUGCGCCCUAGUUUCGUUGGCCUCCGUUUGCUUGAACACGCCGAAAACCUUUGAGAAAGUACCGUCCCUCCAAUACGUCACCUUCAUUUGCGAUCUGAUAGUCACGUUUCUAUUCACCGCUGAAAUGAUCGCCAAGAUGCACAUACGAGGAAUACUAAAGAGGGAUAAGUCCUAUUUGAAAGACCAUUGGUGCCAAUUCGACGCUAGUAUGGUGAUCUUUCUCUGGCUAUCUGUGAUUCUGCAAAUGUUUGAAAUGCUGGGUUUCCUCGUAAAGUUUAGUUAUGCUUCGAUUAUGCGAGCACCACGGCCGCUGAUCAUGAUACGUUUUCUCCGAGUCUUCCUCAAAUUUUCGAUGCCCAAAGCCAGAAUCAAUCAAAUUUUCAAACGCUCGAGUCAGCAGAUCUACAACGUGACACUUUUCUUCCUGUUCUUCAUGUCCUUAUACGGUCUUCUGGGGGUGCAAUUCUUCGGCGAGCUGAAAAACCAUUGCGUAUUGAACACAACCGAACCGCAUUACAUCACGAUCAAUAGUUUAGCUAUUCCCGAUACAUUUUGCUCCACCGACCCGGAGUCUGGAUAUCAAUGCCCCGAAGGAAUGAUCUGCAUGAAGCUGGAAUUGUCCAAGUAUAUCAUAGGCUUCAAUGGAUUUGACGAGUUUGCCACCAGCAUCUUUACCGUAUACCAAGCAGCUUCUCAAGAAGGAUGGGUCUUUAUCAUGUAUCGUGCAAUCGACAGUUUACCGGCAUGGCGUGCGGUUCUUUACUUCAGUACGAUGAUAUUCUUUCUGGCUUGGUUGGUGAAGAAUGUUUUCAUUGCCGUCAUCACCGAGACCUUCAACGAAAUCCGAGUGCAAUUUCAACAAAUGUGGGGCGUCAGAGGCCACAUUAGUAAUAGUUCAGCAUCGCAGAUAUUGACUGGAGAUGACAAUGGUUGGAAGUUGGUGACAUUAGAUGAGAAUAAGCACGGAGGUCUGGCGUCUCCUGCCUGUCACGCUAUUCUCAGAUCGCCGUACUUUCGUAUGGUAGUAAUGUGCGCAAUCCUAGCAAAUGGUAUCACUACCGCAACGAUGAGCUUUAAGCAUGACGAAAAACCGAGGAACACGUACUACGAUCGUUAUUAUUGGGCCGAGAUCGUCUUCACGAUACUCCUGGACUUGGAGACGCUCUUCAAGAUAUGGUGCCUUGGAUUCCGGAGUUACUACAAGCAUUCGAUUCACAAGUUCGAGUUGCUGCUUGCUAUCGGCACAACUUUACACAUUAUUCCGUUCUUUUAUCUCUCUGGAUUCACUUACUUUCAGGUUCUCAGAGUGGUCCGGCUUAUUAAAGCGUCACCGAUGUUGGAGGACUUCGUCUACAAAAUUUUUGGUCCUGGCAAGAAACUCGGCAGUCUCAUUAUUUUUACCAUGUGCCUGCUGGUGAUAUCUUCCAGCAUUUCCAUGCAGCUUUUCUGUUUUCUCUGCGACUUUACCAAGUUUGAAACUUUUCCCGAAGCAUUUAUGUCGAUGUUCCAAAUUCUCACGCAAGAAGCCUGGGUCGAUGUCAUGGACGAGACCAUGCUACGAACUCAUGAAACAAUGGCACCUCUAGUCGCAGUAUAUUUUAUUUUAUAUCAUCUCUUCGUCACUCUGAUUGUAUUGAGUCUCUUCGUCGCAGUGAUCCUAGACAAUCUUGAGCUGGACGAAGAUAUAAAGAAAUUGAAACAACUGAAGUUUCGUGAACAAAGCGCCGAGAUAAAGGAGAGCUUGCCGUUCAGGCUGAGAAUCUUUGAAAAAUUCCCGGAUAGUCCGCAAAUGACGUGUCUUCACAAAGUACCGUCGGACUUCAAUCUGCCGAAGGUGCGUGAAAGUUUUAUGCGACAGUUUGUGAUCGAAGUAGAAGACGAGGAGAACGAAAAUGCUAAAAGAAUUAACGAAACCUUCGAUUCAAAAAUAGUAUAUAGAAAACAACGUCCGGUAAAGAUCUUGAACAAUCCACCGAAGGUGAGAACUGUUGUCACUAAUUUGAAGAAAGCAGCUGUCAUUUAUAUCAUAAAUGACUCCAACAAUCAGAGAUUACUAUUGGGAGAUUCUGCCAUGAUUCCAGUACCAGGAAAAGGACUUUUAAAACCGCAGGGUACUGUUAGCAGCGCCAAGCAGCUUCGCAUUGACCAGAAAAAAUCAAUCAGAAGAAGCGUCCGAAGUGGAUCGAUCAAGCUCAAACAGACGUACGAGCAUCUCAUGGAAAACGGAGACAUAGGUGGAAUAAACAGAGUUAGUUCAUCGCGCAGCAGACCGCACGAUUUAGAUAUCAAGUUGCUUCAAGCUAAGAGACAACAGGCGGAAAUGCGACGAAAUCAACGAGAAGAUGAUUUGCGAGAGAAUCAUCCAUUCUUCGACACGCCGUUAUUUGCGGUACCACGCGAGAGCAAAUUCCGAAAGUAUUGCCAGUUGUUCGUCUAUGCGAGAUACGAUGCGAAACUGAAGGAUCCUUUAACGGGCAAGGAAAGGAAAGUGCAGUACAAGAGCUUGCACAAUUUUCUCGGUUUAGUGACUUAUCUCGACUGGGUGAUGAUAUUCAUCACGACGUUGUCAUGCAUCUCGAUGAUGUUCGAGACACCGCGGUACCGCGUGAUGGAGGAGCCGGCGUUGCAGAUUACCGAAUAUUGCUUUGUUAUUUGCAUGAGCAUCGAACUAGCGCUCAAGAUUUUGGCGGACGGCCUGUUUUUCACACCUAAGGCUUACAUCAAGGAUGUCGCCUCUGUAUUGGAUGUUUUCAUUUACAUCGUGAGUCUUGUGUUCUUAUGUUGGAUGCCGAAGAGUGUGCCGCCGAAUUCCGGAGCACAAUUGCUGAUGAUAUUACGAUGCGUCAGACCAUUGAGGAUCUUUACUCUUGUACCGCACAUGAGAAAGGUCGUUUAUGAGCUUUGCAGGGGAUUCAAAGAAAUUCUGUUGGUAUCGACAUUAUUGAUUCUAUUAAUGUUCGUAUUUGCGAGCUAUGGUGUACAAUUGUAUGGCGGUCGAUUAGCAAGAUGUAACGAUCCUACUAUUUUAAAGCGCGAGGAUUGCGUCGGCGUGUUCAUGAGAAGAGUGUUUGUGACGAAAAUGAAGCUGCGACCGGGGAAGAACGAGAGUUAUCCGUCCAUUUUAGUACCACGCGUUUGGGCUAAUCCUAAACGGUUUAACUUUGAUAACAUCGGCGAUGCGAUGAUGGCUUUGUUCGAAGUACUUUCUUUCAAAGGCUGGCUCGAUGUGCGGGAUGUUCUUAUUAAAGCUCUCGGUCCUGUUCAUGCAAUCUAUAUACACAUUUAUAUCUUCCUUGGUUGUAUGAUCGGCUUAACGCUAUUCGUAGGUGUCGUGAUCGCGAAUUACUCCGAGAACAAAGGCACCGCUUUGCUUACGGUUGAUCAGAGAAGAUGGUGCGACUUGAAGAAACGUUUAAAAAUCGCUCAGCCGUUGCACUUACCGCCGAGACCGGACGGCAAGAAGUUCCGUGCUUUCAUCUACGACAUUACGCAGAACAUUUAUUUCAAACGAUUCAUCGCCGUCAUGGUGCUCAUAAAUAGCGCUCUGCUGUGCGUCUCUUGGAGAAUCGAGGAGGAACAUACGGAAGCGCUCGCUACGGUCUCCACGAUUCUGACACUGGUCUUCCUCGUGGAAGUAAUCAUGAAAAACAUUGCUUUUACACCACGUGGCUAUUGGCAGUCCAGAAGAAACAGAUAUGAUUUGCUCGUGACAGUCGUGGGCGUUAUCUGGAUCGUUAUACAUUGCACGAUGAAGAAUGACCUAUCCUACGUGAUCGGAUUUAUGGUUGUGAUCCUCAGAUUUUUCACCAUCACCGGCAAACACACGACUCUUAAGAUGCUGAUGUUGACGGUCGGUGUAUCUGUCUGCAAAAGUUUCUUCAUCAUAUUCGGCAUGUUUCUCCUUGUGUUCUUUUAUGCGUUAGCCGGCACCAUAAUCUUUGGUACUGUAAAGUACGGAGAAGGCAUAGGAAGACGUGCUAAUUUUGAGUCACCGGUCACCGGCGUGGCGAUGCUCUUUCGCAUAGUGACAGGAGAGGAUUGGAAUAAAAUUAUGCACGACUGCAUGAUACAGCCGCCCUAUUGCACACCGGCGAAUAAUUACUGGGAAACAGAUUGUGGCAAUUUCCACGCUUCUCUAAUUUAUUUUUGCACCUUUUACGUCAUUAUUACUUACAUCGUCUUGAAUCUUUUAGUGGCUAUUAUCAUGGAGAACUUUUCUCUAUUUUAUUCGAAUGAAGAAGACGCAUUAUUAUCAUACGCCGACAUAAGGAACUUCCAGAACACGUGGAAUGUCGUUGAUAAUCACCAAAAAGGUGUUAUACCGGUGAAGCGGGUGAAAUUUAUUUUGCGGUUAUUAAAGGGUAGAUUGGAGACUGAUCCACAGAAAGAUCGCCUGCUCUUCAAGUACAUGUGCUAUGAGCUGGAACGACUGCACAAUGGUGAAGACGUCACCUUUCAUGACGUCAUUAAUAUGUUAUCGUACCGUUCAGUGGACAUAAGAAAAGCGCUUCAACUGGAGGAACUGCUUGCACGGGAAGAGUUCGAAUACAUAAUCGAGGAGGAGGUAGCCAAGCAAACCAUUAGAACUUGGUUACAGGGCUGUUUGAAAAAGAUACGAGCGAAGCAACAGAAUAGUUUGAUUGCCGGACUUCGUGCUACGAAUAACGCGGCCGUGCCGCCUCAAGAUCAGGAGAAAAGUAAAGAGGAGAAAAGCAAGGAAAUUAGCGUCGAUCGUGAAGAAGAGACCGAGACGAAGGAUGUCGAAGUUCCAAAACAUAGAGCUAAGAAACCGGUAGUGCUUCCAAGAUCGGACAGUAUAGGAAGCGCUUCGGGAAGAAAAUAUCUGGCUCCGACGUUGUCGGAUCCCGCAUCCGUUCGAUCUGAGAAAGAUAAAAUUGCGGUAUCGAAGAAAAGAAAUAGCAGACCGCCGUCGAUGGUGAAAAAUAAUUUACCUCAUCUGACGGAAAAUACGGAGCAAAGCAGGCAACAAAGGGAAGCAUUGAGUAACAAGACAACUGUGCCUAAAGUUUCCAGUGUUAUGCUGGAAGUUCGGGAAUGGUGGAAGGAGCAAUUAGCUUACAGCAGCGACUCCAGCGAGGACGAGGUUUAAAUCUUGUAAGCCGUAUGACGAAGAAUUACGAUUAGGAGCUAAACGAUUAUGAUCAGGAGCAAAUUGUAAAACGAGGAUUCCUAUCUUCAACAGUAAAAAAAAGAACGAAUUUUUUCUCUGUUCACACAAGCCUAAAGAUUUUGCAUCGAGUAAGGAAAAAGAAAUCGGAGGAAAAAAAUGUGGUAUGUGCCUAAUAAUUUUAAUCGCUUGAAAUCAGUCUCGAAAAACUUUAACGCGUUGAGCUUCGACCAUAAUUUACUCUUUCUAAUGCCAAGAGCUGUUACAUUAAUAUUUUGCUGUGUCAAAGAAUAAUUCCGUACGCUUUCCGAAUCUUUUGUUGUGUUCGUUGUUUGUUGAAGCUCACCAUGUUAAAGAAAUCGAUUUCCUAACGAAAGAGAGAAAUGUAAUCGAGAUAUACAUGCUCAUUUUUCGUAUCGAAUGUCUGGGCAUUAUGUGUGCGUCGAAUAGAUGAUUUGUCCAUAUGAAAAUUACUUAAAUCCUUGAGCAUCGAUUUGUUUAAAAAUGUCGAGGUGUAGAAAAUUUCCUAUACAUCGUUCACGUAUCCGUCAUUCAUUAUCGAUCAUGUCGUUGGACACAACAUUUUAAUUAAUUAUAUAGUGAAUUUUAUACGAUAUACAAAGUUUAAAGUUAAUCAUUGUGCAAGUAAUAGUUGAAUAGCGUUGUUAAGGGCAACUGUGAGUACAAUUAGCGCAAGAUGCGAUUCGUCGUAGAUACUUUUGUCACGAAGAUGGUCCCGAUUCUCUAUGAAAAUAAUAGGAUAUUAUGGAAUGCCAGAAUAUGUUCCAAGAGAAGGCCUGUAUCGUAAUAGAUCUACGCGAAUUGAUUGAUUUAAUAUCAGCGAUUAUAAAGUGUUAGCGCACUUAAUGUUGAUGUUACAUUAUCUUUGUUAUAAUUAGCAGUAAUGCUGUUACGGGAGAUACUUUAACGUAAAACAACAGUUGUGCAAGACUCGAGAAAGAGUUAUUCGACCAAAGAUGUAAUUUAUUUUCAAACAAGAUUGUGUCGAUUAUACGUUGUGCAUGUUGAACGUAGGAAAGAUAAUUGGAACAUUUAUAUAUAUUGUCGUGAAUUUUUAUAAUAAGACGAAGAAUGUAUGUGUGUGCGAGUAUGUCGAAUAAAUCCGUCAAACUUUAAGCGAUCGAUGUUGGCACAAUAAUACGCACACGCGAAGUGAGUCGAUAUGUUACGCGUAUAUAUGUAUUUACAGAAGUGGAGAGAUUUUUAGCAUUGGAAAUCGCAUUAUGUUUACGUCAGUGUAAAUGAAUGUUGAUGAUUGUUGCUAGUUUAUGUGCCAAUGUAUUGUCUUAUCGAGUAUGGGACAAAUAAAUGUUGUUAGAUAUCAUUAUUCGUAAAAUUGUA